AUAAUUAUAAUGAUUAUUAUAAAUUGAAUUUUAAUUUUAAUUUUCGUUUCUCUGGGAUCGCAUCUCACUCCGCAGUCUGCAGCUCUAAAAUCCCCCAAAAGGUCUAAUAACAUUGUAAGAGGUUGCUGAGUGUAGUAAGCAACCAUGGCUGCUUCAGAGGAGAACAGUGCACUGUUCCCAAUUUUCAUAUUGACCAUAAUGGCCAUCCCCAUUGUGCCCUAUACAAUUACCAAGUUAUGCCGUGCUGCCACCAAAAAAUCAAAGAGUAUUCACUGUCAUUGCUCUGAAUGUUCAAAAUCCGGGAAGUACCGUAAAUCAAUAUUCAAGAGGAUUUCGAGUGUCUCAACAUGUAGUAACUUCACAUUGUUGCUGCUUUGGGUGGUCAUGAUUAUUCUGGUUUACUACAUAAAGUCUAUGAGUGGAGAGAUUCAAGUUUUUGAUCCAUUUAGCAUUCUUGGGUUAGAGCCUGGAGCACCAGAGUCUGAAAUAAAGAAAAAAUAUAGGAGACUUUCUAUUCAAUACCAUCCUGAUAAAAAUCCAGAUCCAGAGGCUCACAAGUAUUUUGUUGAGUACAUUGCCAAGGCUUAUCAAGCUCUGACAGAUCCUGCAGCACGUGAAAACUAUGAAAAAUAUGGCCAUCCUGAUGGCAGACAGGGAUUUCAAAUGGGCAUAGCACUCCCUCAAUUCCUGCUAAAUAUUGAUGGAGCAUCUGGUGGCAUACUUCUGCUUUGGAUUGUUGGCGUGUGUAUUCUCUUGCCAUUGGUUAUUGCUGUAAUUUAUCUCUCCAGAUCAUCGAAGUAUACUGGCAACUAUGUGAUGCAUCAAACACUGUCCACUUACUAUUACCUUAUGAAGCCUUCUUUGGCUCCCAGCAAAGUCAUGGAUGUCUUCAUAAAGGCUGCUGAAUAUAUGGAAAUUCCAGUUCGUAGGACCGAUGACGAACCUCUUCAAAAGCUCUUUAUGUUAGUGAGGAGUGAGCUGAACCUUGACCUCAAGAACAUUAAGCAGGAGCAAGCUAAGUUUUGGAAGCAGCAUCCUCCACUGGUUAAGACUGAGUUAUUAGUUCAAGCUCAGUUGACCCGAGAAUUCGCAGCCUUGUCACCAUCUCUACAAAGUGAUUUUAAGCGAAUUUUAGAAACAGCACCCCGCCUUCUUGAAGAAUUAAUGAAGAUGGCAGUUAUACCACGCAAUGCUCAGGGGCAUGGGUGGCUGAGGCCCGCAAUUGGUGUUGUUGAGCUUUCUCAGUGUAUCAUCCAGGCUGUUCCACUAAGUGCUAGAAAGACUACCGGUGGAUCACCAGAAGGCAUUGCACCAUUUCUGCAGCUGCCACAUAUUAAUGAGACUGUUAUUAAGAAGCUAAACCGCAAAAAGGUCAGAACUUUUCAGGAACUUCAUGACAUGGACUCACAGGAGCGAGCUGAUCUGCUUACUCAAACAGCUGGGUUAUCUUCAUCUGAUGUAAAAGACAUUGAGAUUGUAUUGGAUAUGAUGCCUUCCUUGACACUCGAAGUAACUUGCGAGACUGAAGGUGAAGAGGGUAUCCAAGAGGGUGACAUUGUUACUCUACAUGCAUGGGUAAAUAUUAAACGUGGGAAUGGCCUGAUUGGUGCCCUUCCGCAUACACCUUACUACCCAUUUCAUAAGGAAGAAAAUUUCUGGUUCUUGCUUGCGGAUUCUGUCUCGAAUAAUGUGUGGUUUUCUCAGAAGGUUAGUUUCAUGGAUGAAGCUGCUGCUGUAACUGCUGCUUCUAAGGCAAUUGAGGAAUCUAUGGAGGGUUCAGGAGCAACCGUGAAGGAGACCAGUAGGGCAGUUGCCGAAGCGGUUGACAAGGUUAAGGGAGGAGCUAGAUUGGUUAUGGGCAAGUUCCAGGCCCCAUCCGAAGGGAACUACAAUUUGACUUGCUAUUGUUUGUGCGACUCUUGGUUGGGCUCCGACACAAGGAUAAACUUAAAGCUCAAGGUCUUGAAACGGACUAGAGCCGGCACGAGGGGUGCUGUGUUGGCGGAUGAAGGACCUAUCAUGGAGGAUGGAGUUGAGGAGGACGAUGAUAAUGAGGAUGGAGAGUAUGAUGAUGACUAUGAGAGUGAGUACAGCGAAGACGAGGAAGAUGAUCAAAAUUCAAAGAAUAAGCAGCAAGCUGUCAAUGGCACCACCAGUAAGCAUGGCAAAGCUGCAGAACAUUCUAGUUCUGAUGAAGAAUGAGGAACCAAAAUAGAACUAUUCAUCUAUUUGCCCCGCGGUGUUUAGAAGAACCAUCAAAUGUAAUAGUCUCCUAUCCAUUUUAGUUAACAGUUGGAUAGCAUUUAUACUUGGGCGUUCGUUCUUAUCCUAGUUCAUCUGAUAUGGUGCUUAAGCUAUCAUUUUGUUGGAUAAGUUUAAAAUGGAAGAUAAACUUGAAGAUUUAAUUUUGAUUUAACUUCACUUCAGUGUAAAACAUUUUGAUACCCCUUUUUUCAACAGGAUCUUUAGUUCAAUUAA